AUGGGGGACUUAGCGAUAGUGACGACAUUGAAACCGAAGGAAGGGGGAUCUACGAUCAAGUGCCCUAUGUUAACCUCAUCCAACUAUAUCGUGUGGGGCAUUAGAAUGAAGAAUGUACUUAAGGUACAUAAGGUUUGGAACAUCGUUGAAACAGAAUCAGAAGAAGAAGAAAAGAACGAUUUAGCAAUCGGUCUAAUGUUUCAAGCGAUACCCGAGACCCUGGUCCUACAAGUUGGGGAGCUAAACACAGCAAAAAAGGUGUGGGAGGCUAUUAGGAUGCGACAUGUUGGUGCUGAACGAGUCAAAGAGGCCAGACUUCAAACUUUAAUGUUUGAAUUUGAUAGACUCUCGAUGAAAGAUGCUGAAAAGAUAGAUGAUUUUGCUGGAAGAUUGUCUGAAAUAUCAUCGAAAGCUGAUGUGCUGGGAGAAGAGAUUGAAGAAUCAAAACUGGUUAAGAAAUUUCUUAAAAGCCUUCCACGCAAGAAAUACAUACAUAUCGUUGCAUCACUGGAGCAAGUGCUUGAUCUUAAGACCACCAGCUUUGAGGACAUUGUUGGUCGUCUAAAAGUUUAUGAAGAGAGAGGGCCGAAGAAGAAGAGACACACGAAGAUCAUGGGAAACUCAUGUACGCAAAUUCUCAGUCUUCACGUGAGUACAAUGAUGAAUACAAAGGAAACAGAGGACGGGGUGGAAGGUCCUAUAGAGGAAGAGGCCGUGGACGUGGCUAUGGAGGCAGAGACACAUCAAGGAUAA